AUGAAUACUGAAAAGGAUUAUGAAGCUAUUUUGACCGUUUUGUUCCGUUUUCAAGACUACUCUGUCCUUAAAAUGAAUACUGAAAAGGAUUAUGAAGCUAUUUUGAACAUUUUGUUCGGUUUUCAAGACUACUCUGUCCUUAAAAUGAAUACUAAAAAGGAUUAUGAAGCUAUUUUGAACAUUUUGUUCGGUUUUCAAGACUACUCUGUCCUUAAAAUGAAUACUAAAAAGGUAAGAAGGAAUUUUGACCGUUUUCUUCCGUUUUCAAGACUAUUAUGUCUUUAAAAUGAAUACUAAAAAGGUAAGAAUUGAAUUUUCUAUAAGAAUAAACCCAUUUUUAAUGAUUCUUUUUCUAUUUUUCAGGAUUAUAAAGCUGUUU